GCCCCCGCCCCCGGCCCGGCCCCGGCCCCGGCCCCGCGGGGCCUCCCGCCCCCACCUGGGGGGCGUCGCCGCCUCUGCCGCGCUCCGCGGCCUGCAAGGCGCCCUCCCACCUUCGUUCCUGCUCGCCCUCCCUCCCUCCCGCCGGCCGGGGUGCGCGGCGGCGGGGCGGCCCGCGGGCCAUGCAUGCGGCGCGGCCCAGCCCGGCCGGCCGGGGGCGGCUCCCCGAGCCCGGGCCCCGCGCGGCCCGCGCCCCCGGCCCCCGCUGAGCCCCGGGCCCCGCGCGGCCGUGGCCAUGUUCCCCGUGUUCCCGUGCACGCUGCUGGCCCCCCCCUUCCCCGUGCUGGGCCUGGACUCCCGGGGGGUGGGCGGCCUCAUGAACUCCUUCCCGCCACCUCAGGGUCACGCCCAGAACCCCCUGCAGGUCGGGGCUGAGCUCCAGUCCCGCUUCUUCGCCUCGCAGGGCUGCGCCCAGAGCCCAUUCCAGGCCGCGCCCGCACCGCCUCCCGCGCCCCCGGCCCCGGCCGCCGAGCCGCUCCAGGUGGACCUACUCCCGGUGCUUGCCGCCGCGCAGGAGUCCGCUGCCGCCGCUGCUGCUGCCGCCGCCGCCGCUGCUGCCGCGGUGACCGCCCCCCCGGCGCCUGCCGCCGCCUCCACGGUGGACACAGCGGCCCUAAAGCAGCCCUCGGCGCCCCCUCCGCCGCCCCCGCCCGUAUCGGCGCCCCCCGCCGAGGCCGCGCCCCCUGCCGCUGCCGCCACCAUCGCCGCCACCGCCGUCGUUGCCCCCACCUCGACGGUCGCCGUGGCCCCUGUUGCUACCGCCUUGGAGAAGAAGACAAAGAGCAAGGGGCCCUAUAUCUGCGCCCUGUGUGCCAAGGAGUUCAAGAACGGCUACAACCUCCGGAGGCACGAAGCCAUCCACACGGGAGCAAAGGCCGGCCGAGUUCCCUCGGGUGCUAUGAAGAUGCCCACCAUGGUGCCCCUGAGCCUCCUGAGCGUGCCCCAGCUGAGUGGGGCCGGCGGGGGCGGGGGCGAGGCGGCCGCCGGCGGCGGCACGGCCGCAGUGGCUGCCGGUGGCGUAGUGACCACGACCGCCUCCGGGAAGCGCAUCCGGAAGAACCACGCCUGCGAGAUGUGCGGCAAGGCCUUCCGAGACGUCUACCACCUGAACCGACACAAGCUGUCGCACUCGGACGAGAAGCCCUACCAGUGCCCCGUGUGCCAGCAGCGCUUCAAGCGCAAGGACCGCAUGAGCUACCACGUGCGCUCACAUGACGGCGCUGUGCACAAGCCCUACAACUGCUCCCACUGUGGCAAGAGCUUCUCCCGGCCGGAUCACCUCAACAGUCACGUCAGACAAGUGCACUCAACAGAGCGGCCCUUCAAAUGUGAGAAAUGUGAGGCAGCUUUUGCUACGAAGGAUCGACUCCGAGCACACACAGUACGACACGAGGAGAAGGUGCCAUGUCACGUGUGUGGCAAGAUGCUGAGCUCAGCUUAUAUUUCGGACCACAUGAAGGUGCACAGCCAGGGCCCUCAUCAUGUCUGUGAGCUCUGCAACAAAGGCUUCACCACAGCAGCAUACCUGCGCAUCCACGCGGUGAAGGACCAUGGGCUCCAGGCCCCGCGGGCUGACCGCAUCCUGUGCAAGCUGUGCAGCGUGCACUGCAAGACCCCUGCCCAGCUGGCCGGCCACAUGCAGACCCAUCUGGGGGGGGCCGCACCCCCUGUCCCAGGAGAUGCCCCCCAGCCACAGCCCACCUGCUGAGGGGGACCCCCGCACCCACCAGGCACUGGUGAGGUUUGUCCAAUGGCGGCGGCGGCAGCAGCAGCAGCAGCAGCAGCAGCAGCAGCAGCAGCAGUGGCAGCCCCUCCGACAGCUGUAGGCUCCCUCUCUGGGGCUGAGGGAGUACCAGUGAGCUCUCAGCCACUUCCCUCCCAGCCCUGGUGAGCUCUAAGUUGGUGGGGGGAGAGGAGAGAGUGGAGGAAAGCCCUUUGGUACAGUCUUCUCUCCCCCUCUCUCCCUGCCAACUCCUCACUAGUCCCCUCCAACCAAGGAGCCUCCAAGAGAGGAGGAAGAAAUGCAUUCUUAGGAGAAUUCACUAGGUUUUCAACAAUUUGUUUCUCCUGUUCCUCUCUUCUCCCUAUCAGAGCUGACCCUAUACACACACACCUGUUCCCUCAGUUGUGUUAAAGUCCCAUGGACAGUGGGCAGGGGUAUCAGAGGAUAGGAGCCACCACUGCCCUUAUCUCCUCUCCUCCCUGUAACCCCCUGCCCUCCCAGGGAUUCGUGAGCCUUCUCCAGUGGUCCUUGUUCCCCUCCUUUCAGUCCUCUCCCCCUGCUGUCUGCUGCCCCUCCCUGGGGAGUUGGUGCUUUUUUUUCCAGGGGGAGGGAGAGGAAGGAGAGGAAUCAAAAGAUUCUGUCCAAAAGAGGGAGAAUUUUGAGAUUUGAGAAGGGACAGAAGCAGGGAAGGUGGAGGUUAUGUCUUCAUAAGAUAGGGUUGUUGGGGUUAGGCCCUAAACAUCAUCCUAUUUGAGAAUCCGUUGGGGGAAAAAAUCAAGGGGAUCAACAGGAGGAGCCACUAGGGCCAGAGGCAGAAUAGGAGAUGGAAUCUUAGGGGGCCAGGGUAAAGGAGUGGAACCAGGGACUAGAGGUGCUUCCUGGGGGCCAGGGAAAUGCAGCCACAGUGUCUCACCUUUCCCUCUUCCACCCCAGCUCCAGCCCUGGUCUUUUCUUUUCAUCCUUUUUCCCCAUGACAGAAGCUGUGGCCCUGGCCAUGUCAUCGUGUUCCUGUGUCCCCUGCAUGUUCCCUGCCCUGUACCCCCUUUUGCGCGGACCCCAUUACAAUAAAUUUUAAAUAAAAACCUG